AUGUCGUGGGCGGGAUUCAAGAAGAAUGUGAACCGCGCGACGACGCAGGUGAUGAUGAAGACGGGGCAUGUGGAAAAGACAAACGAUCGUGACUACGAGGUCGAAGAGAGACGGUUCAGAACAAUGGAGACAGCUGCGCUACGGCUGCAAAAGGAAUCAAAGGGCUAUCUUGACUCUUUGAGAGCCAUGACAGCGUCACAGAUGAGAAUCGCCGAGACGAUAGAUGCGUUCUACGGCGACUCGGGCGCAAAGGAUGGCGUCAGCAGGAGCUACAAGCAGGCCGUGGAGGACCUCGACGCCGAGACCAUCAAGGCCCUCGACGGCCCGUACCGAAUGACCGUGCUCGAGCCCAUCGCCCGGUUCUGCGCCUACUUCCCCGACGUCAACGAGUGCAUCAAGAAGCGCUCCCACAAGCUGCUCGACUACGACGCCCUGCGCGCCAAGGUGAAGAAGCUGGUCGAGAAGCCGGACAAGGACGCCACCAAGCUGCCGCGGACGGAGAAGGAGCUGGAGAUGUCCAAGGCCGUGUACGAGCAGCUGAACGAGCAGCUGACGACGGAGCUGCCGCAGUUGAUUGACCUGCGCGUGCCGUAUCUGGACCCUAGCUUUGAGGCGCUGGUCAAGAUUCAGUUGCGGUUCUGCGCGGAGGCGUACUCGCGCAUGGCACAAGUGCAGCAGUAUCUGGAUGCGGAUACGCGAGACUUGUACGCAGAAGGACAUCUCGACGCAAGGGUGGAGCAGGUGUUGCAGGAGAUUCGGGAGUUGAGCAUCAGCGGAACGGUGUAA